GAAAUGUAACGCGGGAAAAGCCGGAGCAGGGAGCGCGGCGGCAGGUUGUUAUUUUCGGGGGCUCGGCGCCGCGCGUGCUGUUUUUCUGUCACCGCGAGGACCAGGCCGUCGGCUGCUUUCCUGCUUCUGCAGACUGCGCUGGGGACAGUCCAGAGAGCUGAGGGCAGACUCGGCCUGGGGCGAGGGUCCGGCCCUGCCCGUCGGCUGCCGGCCGGCCCGCGCCGCUCAACUCCUCCGGUGGCCGCUGCGCAGGAGUCCGGGAAACGCCCGCCUGCCAUGAGCCGGCGGCACUGAGCCGGCCACUCGGAGCGGCGCGGGCGAGCGAGCGAGCGAGCGUCCGUCCAGACUCAGGCUCCCGGGAGUCCCGGGAGUGCAGCCCGGGGCCGCCGGAGCUGCGGAUCGCGGCCGGGCGAUGAUCCGGGGCGUGGAGGCGCCGAUGGCCGACAACCCGCCGCAGCCGCCGCCCGUCAUCAUCUGCCACGACUCCCCGAAGCGGGUGCUGGUGUCGGUCAUCCGGACGACCCCCAUCAAGCCCGCGUGCGGCGGCGCCGGGGAGCCGGAGCCGCCGCCGCCGCUCAUCCCCACCAGCCCCGGCUUCAGCGACUUCAUGGUGUACCCGUGGCGCUGGGGCGAGAACGCGCACAACGUGACGCUCAGCCCCGGGGCCGCUGGCGGCGUCCCCGCAGCCACCCUGCCCGCCGCCGCCGAGCACCCGGGGCUGCGGGGCCGGGGCGCGCCGCCGCCCGCCACCUCGGCCGCCGCCGCCGCCGCCUCGGGAGGUGAGGAUGAGGAGGAAGCGAGCAGCCCGGACAGCGGCCACCUCAAGGAUGGGAUCCGACGUGGUAGACCCAGAGCAGAUACUGUCCGGGACUUAAUAAAUGAAGGAGAACAUUCGUCCAGCAGAAUCCGUUGUAACAUCUGUAAUAGGGUGUUUCCACGGGAAAAAUCACUCCAGGCUCACAAAAGGACUCAUACAGGUGAGAGGCCCUAUCUGUGUGACUAUCCAGACUGUGGGAAAGCCUUUGUUCAAAGUGGACAGCUCAAAACACACCAGCGUCUUCACACCGGAGAGAAGCCUUUCGUUUGUUCAGAAAAUGGUUGCCUGAGCAGAUUCACCCAUGCAAACCGUCAUUGUCCGAAGCAUCCUUACGCCAGGCUGAAGAGAGAGGAACCCACAGACACACUCAGCAAGCACCAGGCUGCGGACAACAAGGCUGCCGCCGAGUGGCUGGCAAAGUACUGGGAGAUGCGAGAGCAGCGCACCCCCACCUUGAAAGGCAAGCUGGCGCAGAAGGCCGAUCAGGAGCAGCAGGACCCCCUGGAAUACCUCCAGUCUGACGAGGAGGACGACGGGAAGAACGGCGCCCAGCGCCGCCUGCAGGAGCAGCGGGAGCGCCUGCACGGAGCCCUGGCGCUGAUCGAGCUGGCCAACCUGACCGGGGCGCCACUCCGGCAGUAGCUGGACGCUGACGCUUCACUGUUCGAGUACUGCCCAGCGUACUUACAAAGUAGAUCCUUGGGCAUAAGCUAAGCACCUUAUUUGCUUAUCAUAGGCUGCUAUUCUGUAGAAAUUCAUGAAGAAUGUCAUUGCCCCAGAAUAUGGGGUGAGAGAGAAUUGCACUUUUUUUUAUAUGGAAAUGGAUUUGAUGUAAAGUUUAAAAUAUUUUGUAAAUAUGGACUGCACAGUACAGGGUAGAAAACUACAUAUUGUGGGAAGCCAGAUUUUGCAAGUUUAAUGCAUUCAUUGGAAGCAGUUCUCACAGGAAGCACUUUCUGAAUAAGACACUUGUGUGACAAAAACAGAAUGGUACACAUAGCCAAAGAAGGUUGAAGUGGAUUAUUUAUAAGACCAUUUUUAGUGAUGUAUAUUAGGAUGUUUAACAAUAAUACUGUAAACACUGAAGCAAGCAAGGAAGUAUAAGAUACGUGUGUAAGAUAUGUAUUUUUUUUUAAUUGCAAAAUAGUGUGCCCAAUAAGGCUAAAGUCAUGGGAAGCUGACUGUUUUGGAAGAUGUUCUUAGUUGUGGACUUGGAAUAAAACAUAUUUGAGGACCUUGGUAAGAUGCGCAGUAGUUUAAAAUCUUCAAAAUUGGAGAAAAAUCAGUCUUAUUCUCUUUCUGGGGCUUUAUAACUCACCAUAAUGUUUAGGUUUGAAAAGCACUUGUCAUCCCUAGCAUGUUAACUUGGGAACUUUUGCACAUUUCAUAUUUCUCAUUUGCUGAAAUUGAGUGAUUAAUCUUGCAAAGUCUAGGUAACAUGGUAGUUGGUAUUUUUAAAAUGUGUAUUAUGGGCCCUGUAAUGAGAUUUGGCACUUGGAUUUUUAUGAAUAAAAGGGACAUCUACAGGGUUGUUUCAUAGUGAGAUGUUUUAGAUAUUUUGUUAGCAAACACUAAAUUUUAAUUGUACUGCUUCUUUAGAAUUGUUAGCAAAUGGAAGCCUCCAUAUUUAUAUUUUCAGUGCAUAAAGCCACCUUCCUGCUUUAUUUCAGAAUAACAUGCCAAGCUAUUUUGUGUUCACUAAAUGUAGCUCUCAGUUAAACACUGCAGAAGAAAUUAGCUACUCAAAUAUGUAGGCUUCUGGAAUAGUUUUAACUGCAAGUGUGUUAACUUGUGUGGUGGUUUUAAACCAUUUUUCCAAAUAGAUGAAGUUAUAAAACAUCACUUUAUGUACUGAAGCAUAAACAGGAAAAGUAAGAGCCGAGCAGUCCACCUCCUUUAUGUGGGGAAAAACCUCCAUCCUUUUAGCUUUUGUUACAAGCAGAACUAAAUGACAUGCCUAGCAUGGCAAUCUCUAGAUUGCUUAAUUGGAGCAAGCCUCAGAGUAAUAGAGGGAACUAUGGGCUCUUCAGCGCCUUGUUUUAUUUUUUUGAGUUGAAGUGGUCUCCUGCAGCCAUGGCUGAAACUUCUAGAAACAUCUAGAACGUAGGCUUCUGUAUCCAAAAAAUCCCAGUGUGUUGCAGUACACAGGCAUUUAAAAAUGCAUGGCCUUGGGAAGGGGAGUUGUGUAAAUGUCUUGAAGAGGAACUGAAGUGUGAAAGAUGUGAUAGUUAACAAAUAAUGUGUAUGAUGAGGACAUACUUUAAAAUGUAAUUCCUCUGUAUAGUAAAUUACAAAUCUUUAGGGUUUUUUUUGUAAUAAGAGAAUUUAUAUUUGUAAUGGUCUAAGAAUUUUGUUUGUAAUCUGGUAUAUAGAAUUUUAACUUGGAGCACUUAUAAGUAUGGUAAGAGACGAUAGCAUCUGAAUUUUCUUGGUUUAGGUUUCAACAUUUCCUCUAGAACUUAUUCUCAAAUAUGAUUUAAAUGGACUAAAAAAGGCAACACCCAUCAGUCUUGGGAAAUUUAAAAUUUGAUAAUCUAAAGAAGGAAGAGCAGUAAGAAUUUUUAAAAAAAGUAUGAGUAUUUGCCAGUUCACAGAUGAUAACAUUUAAGGCUGUUAAAAGUAAGAGGUUGGUUUGUUUGUUUGUUUCUCCAGUCAGCUUUUGUCAACUAUAAUAGUUUUAUUCACAAGCUUUUUAAAAUUUGUAUAAUUGGAACAGUUUAAGAAAUUAGUAGAACUGUUUACUAUAGAAACAUUUAAAAUGUUCUUUUUUAUAUAAGCUAUCUACUUGGACAAAAUACAUUGGCAUCUAAAAUUUGAGGUGUGUUAAGACUGCUUUUUGUUUUAAAAAUGUGGUUUACAUUCAGAUUUUUGAAGUGUUUUAUGCUUCAUAUGGCUAAGCUGUAGUUUGGCAGAGUUACCAGCAUACAAAUAAACAUGCUGUAAUUUUUAAAA